UCAUACAAUCAACUUUCUGACUAGAAGCUGAAAUCUACAGCAGCCAUGAUCUUGGCAGAAGCUGGAUUUUUGUUUUUGGGUUUCAUUCUGUGUCUCUCAGGUGUUAAUGGAGGAGAAACCAGGAUCUGUGCUCUCAAAGGUUCAUCAGUGGAUCUGAACUGCUCACAUCAACAUCUGACUUCAAGCAGAAAAUGGUUCACUGUACGCUUGAAUGGAUCAAAGUAUGUUCAGAGUGAGCUCUCUGUGGAUGGACAACGUGUAACGUACAACAUGUCUGAAGAGAAAAACCAACUUUAACCAUCAAUGAUCUAAGAGAGAGUGAUGCAAACACUUACUGCUGUAUGAAGACUACAGACAGACCAGGAAACUGUUCACUCAGUAAUAUUACUCUACAAGUUGUUGCAGAGCUGCAGGUAAAGGUGAUUCCUGCCACAGAGGGACAGACAGUAACACUGAUGUGCAGCAGCAGCUGUCCUCUGACUGAAAAGCCUGCAGCCUACAUCUGGUACAAGAACAGAGAGUUUCUCUAUGAGGACUGGUCUCCCUGGUACCAAGAGCUGCUCAGCAGUGAGGAAGCAGUCACAUACUCCUGUGCUGUCAAAGGCUACGAGGAUCUCAGAGCCCCUGAAGUCUCUGUGGAUUCCAUCACAGAGACCUGCUUCAGUGUGACCUAUGCUAAAGGGAGAAUGUGUUCUUACAGGAAGACAUCAGUAGAUGAGCCGUGCUCCAUCACAUAUCCCAGAGGCCACAAGUACCUUCAGUCUGCAGAAGUCUGUGUUCAGGGUAAAAACUGCUGGAGAGUGAAUUAUGUCAGCAGGAGAAUCUGUGCUCUGGAAGGAUCUUCAGUCAACAUCACAAGUGAAUACUCACAUCCUGAUAACAUGAAGCCAGAGUUUAAAUGUUGGAGUAAAAAAUGGAGAAAAGAUAAAGUGGAAGUUGAAGAGCUGAUUGAGGCUGCAGGUCGUGUGGAGUAUCAGGACAACAUGAAGAACCAACACAUCCUGACCAUCAACAACCUGAAGAAGAAUGACUCAGGAGGAUACACAUUCAGAUUCAACAAAGAUCAUGAAGGAUGGACACAGUCUGAUCUGCCUGGAGUCUUUUUGAUUGUCACAGAGCUGAGAGUGAAGAUGAGUCCUUCUGCAGUGGUGACAGAGGGUCAGAGAGUCACACUGACCUGCAGUACCAGCUGUCCUCUGACUGACAACACAAACUACAUUUGGUACUUGAACAGUCGACCUCUGACCCUGAGAGAAAACCAGAACAAACAUCUGAUCCUAGACCCAGUCAGCAGGGAGAAUUCAGGAAGCUACUCCUGUGCUGUGAAAACCAACAAAGAUAUCAGCUCUGCUCCAAAGACUCUCACUGUCCAAAAUUCAGACAAUGCAAGCCCAAGGCUAGUCCUUGGCAAACUGAUUUUACCAGAGCCGCUAGAAAAGAAUGUAGAAGAUGUGAAAGACGGUGGAAAAAGGAUAGGCUGUAUGUCUCCCUGGAAGCUCUUAAGACUAGCUGGAAAGUCUAUCAGAGAGCAGUAA